GAAGCAAGUGGGUAAGAAAGAAGAGAGAGAUAAUAAAAGGUGAAAAAAGAUAGAAGACGGCAUUACAACGAAAGUCAAGAGCUAAGCGCAGUGAGUCACAGUGAGUCCUCCCUCUCCCUCUUCAAUUUGUAACCUUAACUUGUGUUAAGUUUUACGCACACAAUUAAAAAAUCGAAAUAGGAGAGAGAAAGAUAGAGAUUUGUUCGAAAUCGGAACCAAACCCAGACCCAAACCCUUGAGGUUUGAGGAAGAAGAAGAAGAAGAAACACCCCAAAUUUCCAGAAUUUAAGAGAGAGAUUCAGAAAUUAGCUACGAAAAAUGGGUGACAAAUUGCUGCAACAGCAGCUCAAAGACUUGGGAUCCAAGUUAGAAACUCCUCCUUCUUCCAAAGAUUCUCUGCUCAAGCUUUUCAAGCAAGCCAUUACGAUCCUCUCUGAUUUGGAGCAAUCUCCGCCAGCUCCAAUAUUGGAGUCAAUGCAACCCUUCCUGAAGGCCAUUGUCAGACCAGAGCUGCUAAAACACCAAGAUAAGGAUGUUAAACUCCUAGUUGCCUCUUGUCUUUGUGAGAUCACUCGUAUUACUGCGCCUGAAGCACCUUAUAGUGAUGAAAUUCUGAAGGAUGUUUUUGGUUUAAUAGUUGGCACUUUUAGCGGACUAAGUGAGACAAGUGGACCAUCAUUUGGAAGGAGGGUUAUCAUUUUGGAGACCCUUGCCAGAUAUAGAUCAUGUGUUGUGAUGUUAGAUCUUGAAUGCGAUGAUCUUGUAAACGAUCUUUUCAGGACGUUUCUUUCUGCUGCAAGGGAUGAGCACCCAGAAAAUGUUCUGUCAUCAAUGAAAACAAUUUUGUAUGUUCUUCUAGAUGAAAGUGAGGAUAUCCAUGAAGAUCUGCUGCUUAUUUUGCUCUCUGCACUGGGACAAAAUAAAAAGGAUGUUACAGAUGCUGGGAGGAAACUUGCCAUGAACGUGAUUCAACAUUUUGCUACUAAACUUGAACCUUAUGUGAAGCAAUUUCUCAUAUCUUCGAUGACAGGGGAAAAUUCCUUGAAUAGUGAAAUUGAUUACCAUGAAGUUAUUUACAAUUUAUAUCGCUGUUCACCUCAAAUUCUGCUGGGAGUUGUUCCUUACCUGACUGGAGAGCUACUGAAUGACCAGUCUAAAGCACGUCUUAGAGCAGUUGAUCUGGUGGGUGAGCUUUUUGCGCUUCCAGAUUCUGCUAUCUCUGAGGCUUUUCAAUCCGUAUUUGUGGAGUUCUUGAAGAGGUUAACAGAUAGAGAAGUCGAGGUUCGGAUGUCUGCCCUUGACUAUGUAAAAAGAUGUCUCCUUUCAAAUCCCUUAAGACCUGAGGCUCCUCAAAUAUUUGCUGCCUUGUGUGAUCGCCUCUUGGACUAUGAUGAAAAUGUGCGGAAGCAAGUUGUUGCUGUGGCGUGCGAUGUCGCCUGUUUUAAUCUUAAUUCCAUUCCAGUUGAAACUGUCAAACUAGUUGCAGAGCGUCUUCGUGACAAAUCUUUACUUGUGAAAAAAUAUACCCUUGAUCGACUUGCUGAGACAUAUAGGCAUUACUGCUUAAGGUGCAAAGAAGGAUGUGCUAAUGAAUAUGACUGGAUACCUGGAAAGAUUUUGAGGUGUUUCUAUGACAAAGAUUUCCGAUCAGAUGCAAUUGAAUCUAUUCUAUGUGGACCACUAUUUCCAGCUGAGUUUUCUGUCAAAGAUAUAGUUAGAAAUUGGAUACAGAUAUUUGCAGGACUGGACAAAGUUGAGGUCAAGGCUUUAGAAAAGAUAUUGGAACAGAAGCAAAGGUUACAACUAGAAAUGCAGAAGUAUCUGUCUCUUAAGCAGACAUACAAGGAUGCUGAUGUGACUGAUUAUCAAAAAAAAGUUAUCCUUUUGUUCCGGGUAAUGUCGAGGUUUUUUGUGGAUCCUUCGAAGGUCGAGGAAGGAUUUUUGACUCUUGAUCAGCUAAAAGACACUAACGUUUGGAAAAUUUUAUCUAGCUUACUUGAUCCAAACACUAGCUUCCAUGAAGCGCGUACCAGUCAGGAUGAUCUACUCAAGAUUCUUGGUGAAAAACAUCGACUGUUUGAUUUCUUGAAUGUGCUUUCGGUGAAGUGCUCAUAUGUGCUUUUUAGCAAGGAGCAUGUCAAAGAAUUCCUGUUGGAACUUGCAAUUCAUAAAUCUGCUGGAAGCACAGAGAAUUGUUUGUCAUGUGUCAACAUGCUGGUGAUCCUGGCAAGCUAUAGCUCGUUGUUGUUCAUUGGCAGUGAAGAGGAUUUACUGAAUCUCCUUAAAGAUGAAAAUGAAAUAGUUAAAGAAGGCAUUCUGCAUGUCUUAGCGAGGGCUGGUGGAACCAUACGGGAACAGCUAACGUCCUCAUCUAGCUCUGUGGAUCUCAUACUUGAAAAGCUAUGUUUAGAAGGGACACGAAGGCAGGCCAAGUAUGCUGUACAUGCUCUAGCUGUGAUAACAAAGGACGAUGGACUCCGGUCACUCUCUGUUCUUUACAAGAGGCUGGUUGAUAUGUUAGAUGAGAAAGCACAUUUGCCUAGUGUACUACAGUCACUGGGUUGUAUAGCACAGACUGCUAUGGCUGUUUUUGAAACUAGAGAAAGUGAAAUUGUAGAAUUCAUCAAGAGCAAAAUUUUGCAAUGCAGUAAUAAAGGACAGAACAAACCAAAAGCACGUUGGCGUGAUCGGAGUGAACUUUGUCUACUAAAGAUAUUUGGUAUUAAAACAUUGGUUAAGAGCUAUCUUCCCGUCAAAGAUGCUCAUCUUAGAGGUGGAAUUGAUAGUCUCAUAGAGAUUCUCAGAAAUAUGCUGUCUUUUGGAGAUUUUGCUGAAGAGUUAGAAUCAAGUUCUGUGGAUAGGGCUCACUUGAAGCUUGCUUCUGCCAAAGCCAUCCUUCGUCUUUCAAGAUCUUGGGAAAAUAACAUACCAGCCGAUGUCUUUCAUCUAGCCUUAAGGACAGUUGAGAUAAAUUUCCGUCAAGCUCGGAAACUGUUUCUCAGCAAAGUUCAUCAGUACAUAAAGGAUCGUAUCUUGGAUCCAAAAUAUGCUUGUGCUUUUCUGUUGGAUAUUUUCGUGUCCAAGCAUGCUGAAAUGGAAGAGGACAAACGUAAUCUUGGUGAAGUUAUACAGAUGUGUCGUCAGGUCAAAGCCCGACAACUUUCUAUGCAAUCUGAUACAAACUCCCUAGGGCUUUACCCGGAAUAUAUACUUCCUUACCUGGUCCACGCGCUUGCCCAUCACCCGAUGUGCCCUAGUUUUGAUAAAUCCAUGGAUGUCAAAGCAUUGGAACCUAUAUAUCGGGUUCUCUAUUUGUUUCUGUCAAUGGUUUUACAUGGUGAUGAAGAGAUUGUUCCUGAAGCUAAUACCGCUGAUAAGGGAAAGGAUGUUUUUCCUGCUGUGAUAUCUAUUUUGCAAUGUAUCAAGAAAUCAGAGGACGUGGUUGAUCACUUGAAGUCAAAGAAUUCACAUUCAAUUUCUGAAAUUGGACUGUUGGUCAUGAAACGCUUAUCUAAAAAUUCAGGGGAAUUUCAAGGUGGUGAUGAAUCGGUUUCUUUACCGUCAAUGCUGUAUAAACUAAGUGAUACCAAAGAUGAAGCUAAUGCCGAGGCUGCUGAUGUAUAUACAUGGUUGGCUGAUGAAUCUGUGCUGGCCCACUUUGAAUCACUUACACUUGAAGUCAAUGGAACUGUCCAUAUAGAGAUUCCACAGGAUGAGAUUCUGGAAGACGUUGAAACAGAAGGAAACGAGAUCCCUCUGGGGAAACUGAUUAAAAAAAUCAAAUCCCAGAAAAAUAAGGCAAAGGCUAUGGUAAAAGGCCAUUCUUCACCUACUGAAAUGAAAAAUGAUGUUUUGAAUGUGGUGAGGGAAAUUAAUUUGGAUAACCUGACGCCCUCAAGUAAGAUAGAAGCAAGCAAUGGCCACGACAAUCACUUGACUUGCAAACCAGAAAGUGAUGAUGAAAAUCCAAGUAAGAAAAGGAAGGAAAUCGAGACUAAAACCACUCUUGCACCCAAGCGCCAAAGAUCAUUAUCAUCAAGGAGUCGUUCCAAGUUUUCUUCUUUUAGAAGUGCUGUUAAGCCUUCUGCAAAAGCUAGCUCAAAAGGCUCUUUCUCCAUCCAAAAAGAGGACCCAGGAGAGUCAGAUUUGGUGGCAUCACCGAUCAAAAGGAAACGAAGCAUUAAAAGGAAACGUAGCAGCAUGAGCACCAAACAGGGUAAAGACAUAGAGGGUCAUAAAGUUGAAGAAUCUGAUAUCUCUGAUCAGAAGAGGCCUAAGUUGGUAGAAAAUGAAACGAGUGAUAAUGUCAUUAAGUCUUCUGCUGGAUCUGGCAAGAAAAGAAAGAGCAGAAGUGUGUUUGGCUUAGCAAAGUGCACAUCAAAUGAAGGUGAUGGUCCCACCACAGAUUUGGUUGAUUGCAGAAUAAAAGUUUGGUGGCCAAUGGAUAAGAGGUUUUAUGAAGGUGUGGUAAAAUCUUAUGAUCCUGAAAAAAAGAAACAUGUGGUGUUAUAUAGUGAUGGGGAUGUGGAAGUGCUCCGUCUAGAUAAGGAACGCUGGGAACUCGUUGAGGGUAACCACAGGCCUAAGAAGAAGGCAAAUAUUACAAAGAGUCCUGCUAAGAUUAUGUCACCCAAGAAGAAAAGUAAGAAAUCAGAUAAAUCAAGAUCGAGGACAUCAGACAAGAGUGUUAAGGGCAAAAGAUCUCAGAAGAUAACUUCAACAAAUGACCAGAGAGACGGUUUAGAAGGAAAGAUUGCUAGCGCCUCAGAGGAUGUAGAGAACAGAUCUGAUAUUUCAAAUGCCGAACCAACUGUUUCAUCUGGAAGUGAUGGACGGUCUGGUGAUGAUGAGGAGAAGUUGGAUGACGUGCUUACGAGCCAGGCUUGUGAUGUGGAAGAAAUGUCAAAAGAUGCAGGAAUGGAAGAGGACAGAGAGGCUGUUCAGGACGCAGAUCACUCUGGUGAAGAAACAAAGCUUUGUCCAACAAGUGGACAAAAAACCGCUGGGGAGACUAGUCAGCAGGAUUCUCACACUUCUGAAAUGGCACUGUCACACGAAGAGGAGGAACAAAUAGAGAAACUCAGUGGGAGCUCACAAGAAGAGUCUGAUGAAAAGAAACAAAUAGAAGGGGCUGAGAGUAAUCCCUCGCCAACUGACACUUCAGAUGCUGAUGAUGCAGACGAUGCUGAUGACAAGCCUCUUAGUACAUGGAAGCGGCGGGUAGCCAAAUCGCAACAGAGUUAGUUAUCAGUAUCAGCUGUGCAAACCUUCAUGGAGAAUUAAAUGGAGUUCACCAUGCAAUAUGCUGAUGUUGUCUGUUUUAGGUACUGGUGUCUUCAAAUCAGAUGGGAGGGAAAAUUCUCUUUCCAGCUUUUGCAUUAGCAUGUGCCUUAGUGGCAACUGUGGUAAAUGUCAAGUGGCGUCCAAACACCUUUUGUCAAGCAUUUAUCUGAUGCUCUGCUUCCUGGAUAGCAAGGUGAAUGUGGUUGGUUUGCAUUGUUGUGCUGGAGUGACCAUUGAUUGUAGGGAAAAUUUGUGGUUCACGUGUACAGUCAUAGGCUGCUUGAUCAGUCUGUAAUGUAGCAUGGGAUAUGUUUAUGUGCAUUCCUAUCAGUGUCAGGGCAUUCAUCCUUACUUGUACAUAAACUAUAUUGUAUAAGUAUUGUUCUGCUUUUGCAGAGACGAACACCACCCCUUCUCCUGCCUAACUGCCAUUCCAAGCCUAAACCUUACGCAGACUUGAAUCACUUGAUCUGUUCUCAGUGUAAUUUCUUGUUCAGAAGAGAUUGCAUAGAAUUUACAGGUGGUAUCACUAUAAAAAUUGUCAUUUUUAGGGGACUGCUCUAUAAUGAGUUUUCCUCGUUUGUUACUGAUUUCGGGGAUGUUCUUGGCUCUAGUUUGAUUUACUAAUGUAGUGUAGACUGUAGAGAAACAUUAUGUAGAUGGGUAUGCAAAAUGGUUUAGCUUAAUGAAAUGAUUAUUGUGGAUCAUUGUACUGGAGAAGCGUUUUCAACAUUAGCGACAUUAUGCUUGAAACACUGACUUGUUGAAUUCAUAGUUUCAUGCCUCAAGGGUAAUUAGCUUUA